AUGCUAAGACAGAGAAAGAUCCAUCUUUUUAACUGUGAUCAGCUCUACGAGCUCAGUAUCAUCGAGAAUUUACUCAACUCCUCGAAACCGAAACUCGCCUUCGAUUUCACAGUGGAGUGUCACUACUUCUCCCUUUCUGAAAUGGCUGAAUUGAGCGAGAAAGUUAUUCCCGCACUGCAGAUGGAUUUUGCUUUUUUCGUCGUUCACGCUCACGAGUCACGUCUGUCGAUAAACGAUGGCCGUGGUUACACCAAGGUAUACAGAGCUCUAUUGCAGAAAACAGGUAAGAAUUUCAAACGCGACCUGCAUACAGUAUAA